GUAUAUAAGCUAACGGAGAGCAGACCAGCUACAUUCCACCAUCAGAUCUAGAAGCAUCAACAUGAAAUUGCUCAUCAUCACAGCGAUCCUGGGCGCGUGUGCCGCGGGCCCCGCCCCCCAAUUUCUGCCCCAGUACAGAACCGCCCCCUCCUACUACCAAGAUGUCAGGCCUAGGGCGUCACUGGAGAGGAACGCGGCCAUCUUGCGGUCAGUCAAUGACGUCAGUGAACAGGGAUACCACUUCGCGUAUGACACUGAGAACGGCAUCCAGGCUGAAGAGACCGGAGUAGAAUCCAACGGCAUCCAGGCUCAAGGUGGAUACUCCUACACUGGUGAUGAUGGACAGGUGUACAGCGUGCGGUACACAGCUGACGUGAACGGCUUCCAGCCCCAGGGUGCCCACAUCCCCACCCCUCCCCCCAUCCCGGAGGCCAUCGCCCGCGCCCUCCAGGAGAACGCCAGGGAUGAGGCCAAUGGCAUUUUUGACGACGGCAGCUACAAUGAAGGCAAAUACAGCCCAGGGGUGGUGGUCGCUCGCAACUACCAGCAGCCCUCGGCUUUCGUCCGUCCCAGGGUUCAGCCUUACCGAUUGUAUAAAAGUGAAUCAGUGAAAAUUCCAGACACAUUCAUGAUCCAAGAGUGUUGGACAGCUGUUGUCACGAUGAAACUGCUAGCACCAAUCACCGCGAUUCUGGCGGCUGCGUCAGCCACCCAGGUGUACCAGCACCAGGCAGGGUUACAGCAAGUGCAGCCGAUAGAGAGCUACGCGCAUACGGCGGAGUUGUACCAGAAUGCGCAGGAGUUCCAGCAGCAGGGAUUGUAUUCCGGACAAGCACAUGGCUUUGACCAGCAAGAGUCCUUCCAAAGCAGACCCUCCGGAGAGAAGGCAGCCAGGAUCCUGCAUCACAACAUGGAGAAUGACGGUCACAACUACCAAUAUGCUUAUGAGACUGAAAAUGGUAUAAGACAGCACGAGGUGGGCCAAACCAUCGACGGCACGAAGGCCCAAGGCGAGUACUCGUACACAGGAGACGACGGCCAAGUGUACGCUGUGAGCUACACAGCCGACGAGAACGGCUUCAGGGCGCAGGGGGCUCAUCUCCCCACUCCACCCCCAUUGCCGGAGGCUAUUGCGAAGUCGCUGGAGCAGAAUGCUAAGGAUGAAGCUAGUGGAGUGUUUGAUGAUGGCAAAUACAGACCCGAAGCAGACGACAGUUAUCACCAGGAACAACAACAAUAUCAACAAAGCGACUUCGAUGCGCACUUCCAGCAGAACGUAGGCUAUGUACCACCUCAAGUACAAAAUUCUCAGUUCCAGUACCUGAAGCAUUAGGUUAAAAGUUCCAGU